AUGCUGCUUUUGAGACGUGAGAAAAGAGAAGAGGAAAAGAAGAGAUAUCCCCCACAGGCGCAGUCGCAGCUGCCUUCACUUUCGGCGGUCUCCCACGCCCGCGAGGUACACCUUCGGUGGCCGGAGGACGCACCGGAGCCCCACCCCCGGCGGCAGCCUUCGGCGGCCGGCCACGUUUCUUCCCAGAUAGCGUACCCGCCGCCUUGGGUUUGGGAGGCUGCGGCGGAGAUGUCGGAUCUAGCGCGGAUUUCGGUGGCCGACCACGCGGGCGCGGCGCGUGGGGGACGCUGCCGGGCGGCAGAGGGGUUUUGGGCUUCGGGGGACGGCCGCGGCCGCGGCGCGGUGGCGCGUUCGGGUCGGCUGGCCGGUGGAUCUCAUCCGGUUGAGGUGGUGGGUGAGCAGCGUGGAGUGCGCCGGCGGCAGGUUGCCAUAGGUUGCCUCGAUAUGCUUCGAGAUCGACGAUUUAUUUGA